GUGUCUCUGCUGGAUGAACCAGUCCGUGUUGAGCCACGCGCGAGAAAAGAAACACGAACCAGAGAUCCAACCGCCGAAUAAACAAAUAAGAAAAAACAAAAUCGGGACUAUUUUUUUGGAGUUAUUUGUUGUUCUUCUUUUUUUCUCCCCUCUGUCUCUCGCGCAGAGAGAGAAAACGGACCCACGGCGACCGGUCUGGGUUUGGAUGAGCGAGUGGAGCAGUCCCGCAGAGAGCAGCGGGGACAUGCUGUGACUCACAGCGCAUUGCCCUCCAACAGGAUGACUCUCAGCUCGCUUCACGCCGUCGCGCUGCUGUGGGCGUUGUGCCCCGCCGCGCAGGGCGUGUGCGACAGAUCGUCCGAGACCACCGCGCUCGACCUCUCGGUCUCCUACGAGCUCCCAACGUUCACCGCGGACUUCCCGAUCCAGAACAUGGUGACGCUGGACGGGGUCAUUUACGUCGGGGCUGUGAACAGAAUCUACGCCCUGUCCCCGAACCUCACCAAGCUGUCGGAGUACCGCACGGGGCCGCUGCUCGCCAACGAGACCUGCGGACAGAAACUGACUGGCGCAAUUGCCGGCGGUGGGGAAGCUGGCGACAGGGUGGACAACCACAACAUCGCUUUGGUGUUGGAGAAUAUUUACGACAAGGGGCUGUUCAGCUGCGGCUCGGCGGACAACGGCGUUUGCCGGCGCCACGUCCUGGACGACGGCGUCAGCACGAAUACCGUCGACGAACAGGUGUCUUGCUUCGCCGACAAGUCGAGGCAGCGCCGGGGUCAGCCCAGCGACUCGGACCUGGUGGUCAGUCCCUCCGGCUCUCAGGUGCUCAACGUGGAAAGCAACCUCAUCAAGUUUUUCGUCGGGAACUCCGAGAUCCCGGGCAAAGAAAACUCGUCGGGCGCCGCGCCGCGCCCCCACACCUUCGCUCUGCAUCGGAUGAAGUCGAGCCAGAACGGCUUCACUUUCUUUUCCAACCGCUCGCACAUGGACCUGAUCCCGUCCCUCCGGGGAAGCUACUACCUGCGCUACGUUUACUCCUUCCACAGCGGACCUUUCACCUACUUCCUCACCGUGCAGCGGGUGAGCAGGGAAUCCCGGGCAUACCACACCCGCAUUGUCCGCAUGUGCUCCGCGGACCUGGAGAUCCGCCGCUACGUGGAGAUGCCCCUGGAGUGCAUCAGCACCGACAAGCGGCGGCGGCGCUCCGCCGAAGACGUGAACGUGCUCAACAUCCUCCAGGCAGCCCACGUCACCAAGGUGGGCGACGACGUCGGGCUGCAGAAGCUGCUGAAGCUGGAGAAAGACGACUACGCGCUGUUCACCGCCUUCGCCCGGGGGAAGCCCAACUCCCCGGAGCCGACCCCCAACUCGGCCGUCUGCAUCUUCUCCCUGAAUCACAUCAACAACAUGUUCAAGACCUACAUGGAGAAGUGCAGCACCAUCGACCCGUACCACUUCACCGGGUCGGACAAGAAGUCCUGCUACAACGUGAGCUCACCGGACGACUGCGGCCCCCACGAGGGGAUCCACGAAGGGAAGGAGGGCGAGUACCGCCUGCAGGUGACCCAGUUCGUCCAGAGGCUGGAGUUCUGGCACAAAGAGCUGACGGACACCCUGGUCACGUCCAUCACCGUGGUGCAGGUGCACGGCCGCGCGGUGGCGUACCUGGGCACCGCCGACGGGCGCCACAUACAGGUGCUGUUCUCCCGAUUAGCCGCCCCGCACGUCAACGUCCGCCUGGACUCGGGACCCGUCUCCGCCGGCGUGGUGCUGCUGGACGCCGACGGCUCGGGCGGAGCCCUGCUGAUGGCGACAGGAAACAAGAUCACCAAGGUCCCUCUGAUUGGCCCCGGCUGCGGUCAGCUGACCACCUGCACUUCCUGUUUGCUGUCGUCGCAGGUGACCGAAUGCGGCUGGUGUGACGGACGCUGCAGCAGAGCCGCCCAGUGUCCCGCCUCCGCCCUCUGGACCCAGGACUACUGCACGCCCGUCAUCACCAAGGUGACGCCGACCUCCGGGCCCGUCCGAGGCUCCACGGCCGUGACGCUGUGCGGCAGCUUCUUCGGCUUCGACAAGACGGAGAGCUUCAGGGCCUCGCUGGUCACGGUGGAGGUGGCGGGAGCUCCCUGCAGGCUCACCCGGCAGGACAACGUCAACAGGUGGACUGAGGUGCAGUGUUCCCCAGUGUUCAGUGGGAACUUCACCCCGUCGGGGAACGCCGUGAAGGUCACAAGCGGCCACAAGGUCGCCUCGAUGGAGGGCUUCACCUUCGUGGACCCCGUGAUCCACGAAAUCUUCCCGACGUUCGGGCCGAAGUCCGGGAGCACCGUGCUGACCGUCAGGGGCGCCUUCCUGGACGCCGGGAACAAGCGAGAGGUGACGAUCGGGAACGCGGCCUGUAAGAUCCAGAGCCUGUCGUCCACCAUGCUGACCUGCAAGACGCCUCCGCACUCCGUCCCCUCCAAGCAACCCGUGAAGCUCACGGUGGAUUCGGUGGAGCGCCUGGCGCCCACGCCGUUCACCUUCAACCAGGACCCCAUCAUCAACAGCAUCCAGCCCUCGCGCUCCUUCGUCAGCGGAGGGUGCACGGUGUCGGCUCACGGCUUCUUCCUCCAGUCCGGCCUGCAGCCCCAGAUGGUCCUCACCACGGGUCAGGACGCCGAGGUCUUCCAUGUGAGCUGCGUGUACGGCGAGAACCGGACCUCCAUCCAGUGCACCACGCCGUCUCUGGCCAAGCUGGCCCUGAAGCCGCCCGUGGUCACCAACGUGGCGUUCGUCCUGGACGGCUACUACACGGAUCAGUGGGACCUGAUCUACGUGGAGGACCCCCAGUUCCAGGACCCCAAGCUCACCUCCAAGGACAACAAGAGCAUCGUGGAGCUCAAGGGUCACCACAUGGACCGGGAGGCCAUGAAGUGUCAGGUCCUGACGGUCUCCAACCACAGCUGCGAGACUCUCACCCUGAUCGGAAACACCCUGGAGUGCACCGUGCCCACCGAGCUGCGGGCCGCCACCGCCAAGGGGCUGCAGGUGGAGUGGCGCCAGGCGGACUCCAUCCGCCACCUGGGCAAGGUGACGCUGGCUCAGGAGCCGGACUACACGGGCCUCAUCGUGGGCUGCGUGUGCGUCAGCCUGAUGCUGCUGCUGCUGGGAACGCUGCUCAUGUGGAGGAGGAACAAGCACAUCGACGAUCUCUCCGAGGUGUGGUACGAUGGUCGGGGUCACAUCCAACAUCUGGACCGGCUGGCCAACGCGAGGAGCGUCAGCCCGACCAACGAAAUGGUCUCCCACGAGUCGGUCGACUACAGAACCACUCUGAUGGAGGAUCAGGGCACCGACCGGCCGUGCCGGGGGGCUCCUCCCAUCUACGGGGGCAACGGGGAGCUGCUGUCUCCCAGACUGAGGAGACUGGGAGGCGGGCUGAGUCUGGGAAUGGAGGGCGAGCUGGUGUCCCCCUUGCUGGUCCACAUCGACCCGUCCUGCCUCCACCCGGACCUGCUGACGGAGGUGCAGCACGUGGUGAUCGCCAGGGAGCAGCUGCUGCUCCACCUCAACCAGGUCAUCGGCAGAGGUCACUUCGGCUGCGUUUUCCAUGGGACGCUGCUGGAGGCGGACGGCGAGAAGCAGCACUGUGCCGUCAAGUCCCUGAACCGCAUCACGGAUCUGGAAGAGGUGUCCCAGUUCCUGAAGGAGGGGAUCAUCAUGAAGGACUUCAGCCACCCGAACGUCCUCUCCCUUCUGGGAAUCUGCCUGCCGCCGGAGGGCUCGCCGCUGGUGGUUCUGCCCUACAUGAAGCACGGCGACCUGCGCAACUUCAUCCGCGAUGAGGGACAUAACCCAACCGUGAAGGACCUGAUGGGCUUCGGGCUGCAGGUGGCCAGAGGGAUGGAGUAUCUGGCCAGCAAGAAGUUUGUCCACCGAGACCUCGCUGCCAGGAACUGCAUGCUGGAUGAGAGCUACACGGUGAAGGUGGCAGACUUCGGCCUCGCUCGAGACGUUUACGACAAAGAAUAUUACAGCGUCCACAACAAGAGUGGAGUCAAGCUGCCGGUGAAGUGGAUGGCUCUGGAGAGUCUGCAGACGCACAAGUUCACCACCAAGUCAGACGUGUGGUCCUUUGGCGUGUUGCUGUGGGAACUGAUGACCCGCGGGGCGCCGCCGUAUUCGGAUGUGAACUCCUUCGACAUCACCGUGUUCCUGCUGCAGGGGAGGAGGCUGCUGCAGCCCGAGUUCUGCCCCGACGCCCUCUACACCGUGAUGAUCGAGUGCUGGCACCCGAAGCCGGAGCGGCGGCCCUCCUUCUCCGAGCUGGUGACGCGCAUCUCCUCCAUCUUCUCCAGCUUCAGCGGGGAGCACUACGUCCUGCUCAACACCACCUACGUCAACAUCGAGAAGAUGAGCCCUUACCCCUCCCUCCUCACCUCCUCCACCAACACCACCCGCACCGCUUCCACCUCCUCGUCUUCCUCGUCCGUCCCCUCCACGUCCCCGCCGACCCAGACCGCCUUCUUUUACAACGCGGAACGGGACUGCUGCACCUGAGAGGGGGGGCGGGGGGGGGGGGGGGGGAGGCAAAGACUCAUGAGCAAAGAAGGAAGCGGUGAGGUGAUAAAGAACUACUGUAAUGUACUUAUGCCAAAACACUGGACACUGUAUGCUGAGGAAAAACACGUUCUGACCGUUCGCCCAAUACAUAGAUCGUCUGACCUUUGACCUGAACCGACUUGGGCCCGCCACAAACAAUAGGGUCGACCUUAUCGACCUUUUCUGACCUUUCCUUGACCCCUCCCCCCUCCCCAUCCAAGGGGAGCGUGAGGUCAGCCGUCCCAGCGGUGAUUACGCAACGCUAUAAAAAAAAGACAGAAGCACGAGUCAUCAAAAAGAGAAAGAGAUCUCAUGGACCCCCCCACGGGGAGAGGAUCCACUUCCUGCUUCUGGUCCUCUCUGGGUGGCUUCGAUACGCAGGAUGUGGGCUCGGAUCCCUUUUUCUUAUCUUUCUUUCCUGUAAUGCGAAUGUUUGACUGAUGGCCUCCUCCCGACCAGCCAUGUGCAGGUUGACAGGUGAAGGGCAGCGGAGGUGUGAGGAGGCCCAAAACAACCUGCUGCCCGUGUGCAGUUCACUGGAUGCUUUGUUUUGUGUAAUUUUUAACCCCCCAGAAGGGUCAGAAGCAUCUUUUGUUUUUUUUAUUUUGUACAUUUUUUGUUUUUAAUGAAACGUCCCAUCAUGUCAACAUGCACACACACACACACACACACACGUGUUAGUUUUUUUUUUUGGAAGGUUUGAGGUUGUUUUUUUUAAACUCGUGUUUGGUUCUGUUCACCUUUAACAUUUCAAUUAAUUAAAUAUGAAUUAAAAUUCCAAACAAAGAGCUGGUCGUCCACUAACGGCUCAAUGUUGAACCCUUUACCUCCGUGUGGCUCUCAGCUGUAUAUCACUGUAUGUUUAUGGCGACGAAAUAUUGUUCAUGUACCAGUGUGUUUAUGCAAAAUGUUAAGCUUCAUUUAUGUUGCACUUUUUUGCCGACCGUAUUUUUUUUACAUUUCUUUUUAAAGCGUGCUGUACAGUUUUUUCUUUCUCCGUUCCGGGGCGGCCAUUGACUUCCAUUCAUUUCUGUGCGAUAUGAAAAUCUUCAUCUCAGUCGUCAUCUAGUCUACGAGUAGGUUUGGUCAAUAAUAUGUAAACAUAAAAAAAAAAAAACAUAAGACACAAAAUAAAUGAAAAACACUUUAAUUUUCAGUCUCACAACUUUUACACAAACAAAUGACAUUAGCAAAACAACACAGAAAUGUAUUUUAAAUGUUUACGGCAGUAUAUCAUAACGUCAUGUAGAAAUGUGCCAAUUGAUCAUCUCGAUUGUAUAUAAUUGUAUAUAAAUUGUAUAAAAAGUAUGUAGUAAUCUAACUACUGAUGUCCUAGAUAUGAGUCUCUACAGAUAUCAGCGUAUUGAUUCCACGCUAGAGGUGUUGUGAUGUUCCGGUAUUGACAAUAACUGGGAUAUUAAAUGUUUUCUUAAAUUUCAUGUUAAUAAUGCACGUGAUGACAUCAUGCCCAUAAUCUCCACCUCCCUAAACUCGUAUUUUGAGUGUAAUUAUUUUUGCCGAAAAAGUGACAAAACGUAAAAUCUUUUGACUAAUAGCAUUUUAUAUAUAUAUAUAUAUAUAUAUAUACAAUUUUAUUUUUUUUCUGUGCCUUUAGCAAUAAUAUUGUUCUUGUGAAUUCUUUUGGCCGGGAUAGUCGUGUUAUUGUGACAGCCCUGUUCCACACUGUUCCAAAAGAAGUGACGCCUACGUUUCCCACAAUGCAACAGUGACAUCGCCUGAGGCAUUUAAUCAGAUUUUCUUGUUAUUUCCGGCCCCCGAAAAAUAUAAACAUAUAGAAAAGUGAAAAGUGACGCGCAACACAAGGUUUUUCAUAUUCCAACGGAAAUGAAUGUAAACUGAUGGCUGCUUCGAACACACACGUUUAAAUCACGAUUUAAAUGUUUCGCAUUUGUGUUGCAAAAUGUGCCAAAACUUGCAAAAAAAAAAUCUCCGCUGAGGUCAAAGUUCAGCGGAUUAUGUUUUUUUUCUUUUUUUUCUUCUGAAUGGCUGCUGAUGCGACCAUUGACAGGACAGGUAUGAAUGUUUUGCUAUGACAAGAGAAAUCGCUGUACUAUAUAUUUUUGUAUCGACGACGAGCCAAAUCAAUCAUCACUGCCGUCUUGUAACCGUAGCGACGGGAUCUGUGAGGGUUCGGGCGUCUCGCUGAACGAACCGGAGCCACCCGCACGAUGCCCAGAGAGUCCCUUUGAUCAUGUGACUCGUGACACUGUAUGUUCUGUGUGUGUGUGUG